GACGAAAGGUCGCGUGCGCAUUGGACGAGAAGGCGGAUGCUGUGAGCAUGCAAACGAACAAGAGCGGGAAAUCGAUCGCGUCCACGUCCCCUACGAGGGACUGCAGCGAGAAGGAGCCUGGAACGCCAUCCCCUAAGAAGAAGAAGGUCUUUACCGUCGCGCGGUCUGUGCCGUCGACGCCGACGUUGGACUUAAGUGGCGCAAAUGACUCGCUCUUACCAUUGGGGAAAUCUAGCAUGUCCAAAGGGGAGGUCAAGAUGGUGUUGAAUAAGCAGAUUCGAAGAGACAAUAAUGGCAAGAUCAUGGCUCAUGCUGCCCUCGGCACCCAGGACGACGUCGCACAGUUCGAAGAGUACCUCCUGUCAACAGGGACACCAUCGACGAGUGGGUUGAAAUCCCCCGGCGGCAAGAACCCAAGCAUGCGGUCGCUCAAGCGAGUGGCGAGUCGUUUCAUGACAAAGGGACAAUCCACGCGAAACCUCGCGAGCGACACCAGCGCAGCGUCGACGGCGCGAACCGAGUUGCUGAAGGCCGACUCGGCCAACACAUUGCUGGCACCGAUGCAAUCGGGAACUUCCACUGACUUGCCAGGGCCCGUCAGUUCGCCUGCAGCGAAUGCAAAACAAGCCCUGAAAGAGUACAAGAAGAUGCUUCGGGCCAAGCCCAUCCAUGAGCGCAUCUCGAUGGAACGAGAGAAGAACGUUCUCCUCGUUUGGGAAACCCGCAAUCGGGAAUGGGAAAUGUUUCGAGCAAAGAUGGCGAAGAAGCUCAAGAAGCCCGAGACCGAUUUGGUCAUGGUCAAAGCGUCCGAGUACCGGCAGCAGAUGGAGGAGUACGACCUGAUUUACAAAGCGACGCCGCAAGAGGAAAAGCACGGCAAUGAGUAUUGGUCAGCGAGUCUCCGAGGCGAAGGGACUCGGUUCGUGCCCGUGGGGAACGUCUUCAGCGGCCUGUUUUGCCCCGUGAAGGAAGACAAGAAUCCCUUCACGGAAAUCAUUCGUCGACCUUUAGAACACGGCCGGAAGAGCCCCGACAAGAAGCAUGCUACGGACCAUCACCACGGCAAAUUCAACGACGCGCUGUUGGCUCGAAAACGCCAAUUGCGCCGCAACAUUCAGCAGCUUCAGCCACACCAGAUCGACUCGGACCACUGUGACGGCCUCAAGGUCGAAUCGACCGACUUGUUUGAGUGGGCGGCGACAAGCUCCCAACGGCACUACGACCAACUCUUGCAAGUCGAAGAAGCACAACAGCUUACCGAGCGCGAACGUCGCGCCGCCGACUCGCGUCCGAGUGGCAACUUGUCCAGCCGAAACUCCCAUGCCCCGACCGAGCAACGUGAACUGGAAGGGCCAUGCUUUCAAUUUGUCGACGUCAUGACGGGCAACGUGGACGAACGAGUCUCGUUGCACCUGUCGUUCCAAGCCAAAAUCGGCGCGGUGCACACGCAAGACAUUCUCGUGCGCAACCCUGGGGCCAUCGCAAUGCAGUUUACGUGGAGUCAGUACAACCUGUCGCAUCGCGACUUUGCGAUUGAUGCCGGUCGACCACGAACGUUCGUGUCGCAGCUCGCAGGUGUGCUUUCGCCGUACGAGACAAUGCGUUUUCGAUUUGGGUUUUCGUCGGCGACGCCGGGCAGGUUUCUCGAACUGUGGAAGCUCACGAUCGAUCCGUACCUGGCGGAACACAACUACAACCCGUUGUACGGUGUCGAACGGUCCAUUCGUUUGUCCUGCUCGGCGGUGGACCAUCAAGCGCCGUGCCAAGCACGCAAGCGCAUCACUGCCGACCUCGAAGCACGUAGCACGGCGUACAUGGUUGAAAGCGUCUUGCGCUACAUCCUGGACAACGUCGUGUACCCGGUCGUCGCUGCUCGUGACGACGUGGACGAGCGGCACCGCGACACGUUCGAAGUCGCGAAUCGUCAACUUUGUGUGCACUACUCGUCCGAGCUGUAUGCAGCCAUGGUGGGGUUGUACGAGCAUGCGCAGAAUUUGAUCUUGGCCGACAAACAAGCCAAGCUUGUGCAAGUGGACGAGUCCAGUGACAAUCGUCCGACCGACCCAUUCAAGACGCCACGUCCAGAUGAAGGGCUCGCGCCAGCACCGAAUGCGGGGGGAUUCCCCCCGUGGGACGGCCUCUUGUCGACGCUGUCGAGUGUUGUCAAAGCUGCCGAUGAGAUCGCCAAGGCCAACUUCAAGGCAGUGACACCUCGCAAGGAAGGCUCUGACGAUGAUGAGGAAGACGAAGAGGACGAUGACGGCGACAAUAACGACGACGACGCAGCCGUCGAGGCGUCGACGCCCCGCGUGAAAAAAGCAGUGUUCAAGCCACUGUUUCAACUUGCGUAUGAAGAGCUGCGCCACCUGUCGCUCUUUCGGCCGCACUCGCCGGCCCUCUUGCACAACCAGUUGACGGACAAGUUGGCGUUUCUCUGCAGUGAAAUUCCCGUCGUGGCAGGAAUUUUCAAGCUCGACGAGGAUGUCCCGGAUGUCCACGCGGCUUUGUGCAGCAGCACGGCCGACUUUAUUCGACAGGCAGUCGACACCAGUGUCGAGUCGGUCCUGCAAGCGGAGACGGCGCUCGCAAUCGCGCAUUUACAACGCAGGCACGUGUGGGUCCAGGACAAGGCGACGUUCCCAGUUGGGCUCUUCCCUGCGACGUUGGAGCUGCACGCCGUCACGAGCACGAAUCUUGUGCUACAUGUCGACUUGGACGUGUCCCAUUGCUUCACGUUGUGUCCGCGGCAGCUGGACACGACCCCCAUCGUCGACGGCGCACCCGCCGUCCCCGUCCCGAGUGAAUGGAAAUGGAUGGACGGGAUUGAUUCGUUCACCCCAUCGAAACUGGCGCACGUCGCUGCCAUUCUCCGCGCCCUCGUCGAAUCGUAUACCGCGCGCUUCGACGCCACUGCGACAAACUACUCGACACCAACCACGAUACGAGUCCUCUUAAUAAGCAGCAUGACGACACCAAAACGCGGCAAGUCCAAGAAACAGGUGCCGCCUCUCGUGCCUCCAGCAUCGCCAAUGCCUUCCAUGCGCCUCGUGGCCCAGAAACUUGAGGUCGUUUGUGGACACCCCGUGCACUUUGCAGCGACCGUGGAAGCGCUAGCGGCCAUCAAUCGAGCACGGGUAGCUGUUGGAGAUCCAAACGCUGCACCAGCCGCAACACUCUCUGACGUUCCACAGGACGUCAUGCCGUGCGGACAGCCGACGCUUGUCUUCGAGUUUCAUUUGGCCGAAUCGCUGCCGUUGCUACACUGCCCGCCACCACCACCAGUUUCCAAUGAAAUGCCGCCCCCUGUCGAGGAAAAGGUUGUGAAGGACGACGGGAAGAAGGACAAAAAGAAGGGAGCUCCGUCAGCACCGAAGAAGGAGAAAGAGGAAGAGGCGCCGUCAAAGCCCAUCCAUCCCGUAGCUCGUGCUGCAUCCUCUCGAGGGGGAUCUAACCCCCGCGUCGCGUAUGAAUCCGCGGAAGCGCGACGCCACGCCGCAUGGAAUGGCACGUAUGCUGACUCGGUGUCCGAAGCGCUACAGGGAUGGACGGAUGUCGUGGUCAGCGAUACGUAUGGGUCCGAAGAUGAAUGGCCCACAAUCAACGCCCUCCACCCCAAGCGCCAACUGUUUGGUCCACGACUGGCGGACGAAUGCAGCCGUGUGGGGCGCUUUCUCCAGCCGCAUCGAGACUUUGUCCAUCGACACCGUCCUGACGGGCCAUGCCGUGUUGUGUUUGGAGGUCGGCGGUUUACAGAAAAAUUGUGGCUUCUCGACGGGCUCUUGGACGUCGCCGACGAAGUGUACUUCUGCGGAGGCGUUGCGCUGGCGCUGCUUCGAUACUUGCACCUUUCCAAAGACGCACGUGUCACUGUAGCUGGCGAUUCCGGGUUUGAGGCGGAGCCGGCAAUUAGCCAUCGUGUGAUGGAGACAUUACGAAGCAAAGCAGCACGGAACCUCGUCAAAAUGUUCGUGCCGUUCGACUGGCACGUGGGCGACGCGUCGUUGGAUGGUGGUGGGGACGAUGACUUACCUCACGAUGCGCAUUCGCCAGGCGGUGCUGCGUCAACCGACGAUUCCGGCAACGAUGACGGUGACAAUGGCGACGACGACAAUGGCGAUGACGACGACGAUGAACAAGAUGAAGAGGACGACGACGACGUUGCUAUCAAGAAAUCGAAAACGAAAAAAGCACCUCCUGCAGUGGUGGUGGUCGAACCCUCUGUCCCUUUUUCCGAUCCUGUUGCCGUGCAGACCUACGAUGGUGCUGUCAUGCACCUGGCGUACGCGUCGACCGCCGACUGGAUCCGAGUCGAUGAGUUGACCCCUGGGUGUUUGUCGCGGUAUCUCUGCCGGACGAAAUCCCCCGUGGAUGGCACAACACUCGCCACGCCACACGUGCUGGAAUGGGUCGCAAAUGCCUUUGACACGGGUCCGUUGUCUAUGCAGGCCCUCGAGAAUCAUGUGGGUGAAACCCCUCGCCUCAUUGUUGCUGGCCUGCCUGGGUUUGUCGAAUACUCGGAGUUUCAAGCUGGCUCGCGGGUGUUGGCGAGUCUGGUGGAACGAUGCCAAGCAAGCGCCGACGGUCCUCUGGUCGUAGGGAGUAAGACCGAGGCGUGGAUGCAGCGAUUGGCCUCCGAUGCGACCAAGCCAUUUGUUUCUCGCAAUGCGUCGGUGCUUAAAUACUUGGUUGCUGGGCAGCCGCACCCGGCGCUGCUGGCGAUUUCGUCCAAACACGAAGUCGUCUCGACGGAUUAUCCUCGAGUCGUGCCGCCGCAGGAACUGCCGACAAAUGUCGACGGGCCAAGUCUCGACUAA